GUACCAUACCAUAUGUCUAAUCAGAAGCAAAAGUCUAAUCAAGAAAUAUCAAUCGAAUUCAAUGGACGUAGGAAUGAGCUACAAUCCGUCGCUCAGAAGAUUGGUGAACUUGAGCAAGACGCAGAGGAGCAUUUGCUAGUCGUGCAAACGUUAGAAGAAGCAAAGAAGGUCGAUCCUAAUAGAAAAUGCUUCAGAAUGAUUGGUGGUACUUUAGCAGAAAGAACUGUCGAUGAGGUAUUGCCAGCAUUGACGACUAACUUGACCGGUAUAAAACAAGCAUUAAGUCAAUUAAUCGAAGCAUACAAGACUAAAGAGAAAGAAUUCAUUGAUUUCCAACAAGAAUAUAACAUCAAGGCCUAACAUAUUAAGCAUUAUUAAAAAGUAUCGUAAAAUAUCAUUAUAAACUAUCUGAUUAAUACCUCGAAUCAACUAUAGAUGAACGGGAUUUGAGUGAUUUCGUUGGUGUACUGAUUGACUGCCUGGAUGGUCUACUAAGUUGACGUCUAUCCAGCUGCAUAACUUUAUGUGGUUGAACUGCCAAGAUCUUUCUAUCACCACCAAACUUGAACUGAUCUGCAACAAUCUUGUCGUCAUAUCUUUGUAUCUUGUACGCAUCAAGUUUACCUUGCUUUAUACGCUUAAAGUUGAAAGUUACAACGUAAGGGCCUGUAGAUGUGACGAUAUUAGUCUCGUCGAUACUUUCACCUUGAUUGAAUUUAGCUGGUGUGAAACUGAUCUCUUCAUCCAUGUACGCAACAUGCUCUGGCUUCAAUUGAAGUCUAUGAGGAAUAGGUUUUGCAUCGGCCGGGAAUGAUCUAUCGAAACCUAAUGCACCUUGGUAUCUACCAGCGCCAAUUAAGGUGUCAAUCAAAAGCAAAUAGGUCUUGCAGGUUGCGAUAAUCCAUCUACCAUCACUUGUUACAUCAAUACCAAUGAUAGGAUCACCAAGUGCAGGUAACUGCGUCUUUGCGUUUUUACCAAUUUGAUCAAAUAAUCUAAUAUCACCUUUAUUUGACGCAAUUGCAAGUUUACCUGAAGCUGUAGUGGUUGCUGCAGAGAAGUCAUUCUUUGAAACAUAUUGCUUGUAUUGAGAGUCAACCAUCUUCUCCUUUCCAUUGAGACGUGGAUCGACUCUGAACACAGCAUUAUGAGAUGUACCGAUGAAUGUCUGAUUUGGUGUCAUCUGAGCAAAUUUAGCAUCAGGCAAAAAGUUGUUGACGUUUACGCCUUCAUUCAUCUUCCAUUCGUCAACGACCUUUCCUGUUUCAAUGUCGAGGUUGUAUAAGGCACCUUUAUUGGAUUUAUCCAUCAUAACCAUGGUACGAUCUUGGCCGUGAAGCAUCAUCU